UGAUCACUGUUCACUGACUCGCUCGCGCUCUCUCUCUCUCUCCCUCCUAUCUUUUUUUGUCACUUGCUGUGUGGAAAGCAAGAGACCAAACAAAAAGCUGUGAGCUUCUCCACCCUUACCUUCUCCAGGGUUUGGCCAAGAGAAGGAGAAGAAGAGCAGCUGGCACGAGCGGAAAGAGAGGGAGAUGACUUCUUCAGCGGCGGAUCGGUUCAUGGGAGGAGGCGAAGGAGGAGGAGGGGAGGAGCAGCUGCUACUGCACCACCCCCAGAUGUACUACCACGUGCCGCAGCACAGCCGGAGGGAGAAGCUGCGGUUCCCGGCGGAAGAGUCCACGCCGGCCACCUCCCUCCUGCUCCUCUAUGGUCCCAACAACGCCCCGCCGCUCUACCCGCCAAAUUCUUUGACGGCCUUCCACCCCUCCUUUUCCUCCUCCUCGUCGUCGUCCUCCUCUUCCCCCAGCUACUCUCACAACCCUGCCCUUACCUACGGUGUCGCACAAUUCGACGGCCACGGGCCGCUCCCGAUCCCCGCGCAGAACCACCACCAGAUCUCCAGCCAAGGCUUCUCCCUCUCCCUCUCCUCCUCCUCGCCCCAAGCCCCGGCUUCACGGCACCACCUCGCGUCCCGGCCUGCCCCCUUGGGCCCGUUCACCGGCUACGCAGCCGUCCUCAACCGCUCCAGGUUCCUGGAACCGGCGAGGAAGCUCCUAGAGGAAGUGUGCCAUGUGGGGCACCAAGCGGCAGGGGAAGGCGGCAGCAGCCGGGAGAUGCUCCUGGACGCGGAUCCGCCGAGGGACUCGCUGGUGGACCACGGCGGAGACGGGCUGCCCGACCAUGGCAUGAAGGAGGACGACCGUCCCAUCACGGGCACGGAGCAGCAGUGGAAGAAGACCAUGCUCAUCUCCAUGCUCGACGAGGUGUACAGAAGAUACAAACAAUACUACCAGCAGGUGCAAGCUGUUAUUACAUCAUUCGAGUCGGUUGCGGGAUUGAGUACUGCUGCUCCAUACGCCUCGAUGGCCCUCAAGGCCAUGUCCAAACACUUCAGAAGCCUCAAGAAUAUAAUAUCUGACCAACUUCGUCAGACAAACAAGGGUCUCAGAAACGAAGGCAUCAGUCGAGAAGAGAUGUCGAACUUUGGGCUUCUAGAUGGCAGCGGUUAUCUCCAUAGAACAACAAAUAGCACUAACACAUUUGCUCAACCACAUGUGUGGAGACCUCAGAGAGGGCUUCCUGAACGUGCAGUGUCUGUGCUUCGAUCAUGGCUUUUCGAACACUUCUUGCAUCCCUAUCCUACUGAUGUGGACAAGCAGAACUUAGCGAAACAAACAGGCCUUACAAGAAACCAGGUCUCUAACUGGUUUAUUAAUGCGAGAGUAAGGCUUUGGAAGCCAAUGGUGGAGGAAAUACACUCUCUAGAGAUGCGUCAGAAGAACAAAAUGUCUGCAAGUGACUGUGAUGAGCGACAACCUCCGCGGCCAUCAUCUUCCAAGACAAGUGCCUUUGAUCCACAGCCGCUCCAGAUUUUGAGCACCCAAAGCCAUCAGUACUCGAUGUCCAAAGGCAUUCAAGAAGAGCUAACGCCAAUGCCCAACCACAUCCCGGAGCCGGUUAACUUCGACACAUCGGACCACCACAUCGGCGGCGGAGUCGGCGUGGCCGCCGGAGGAAGUGGUGUGUCCCUCACCCUCGGCCUCCACCAGAACAACGGGGUGUGCUUCUCCGAACCACUGCCGCUGGACGUCGCCCGACGGUUCGGGUUGGACGAGUGCAGUGACACCUAUCUGGUGGGUGCAUUCGGGGACCAAGAGAGGCAGUUUGGAAAGGAUGUGGGCAGUCGUCUGCUUCAUGAUUUUGUGGGGUGAAGGAUGGUUGUAGCAGCCUCGGCUUGUUGUAAGAUGAACGUAUAUGAUUGAACAUGCUCGGUAACGCCAAUUGUUGCAUACAAACAUCAGUUCUCUUGCCAUGGCUUUUCAGCAUUGGUGGUCGUA